UAAACUACCAUAUAAAUAAUGAUUAUCAUAAAAAUGUUGAUUAUUAUCAGAUUUUUCUCUUGGUCUGCAGGUAAAUCACCAAUUCUGUUUAGACCAAACUUAAUACCUUUGGGAGAAUAUCGUACAUUAGUUGAUAGAAUGUAUCCUUGUGAAUCUACAAGAAACCAUUCGCUCAAAUUUAAUUUUUAUUUAAGUAGAAAGACAGCAAGUAUAACUGAGUUGAAAGGGAAUAUAACGUUUUUGAUUCCUUUUGACGAUACAAUUGCAUAUACGUUCGAUGUAAACUGUAUGUCUUGGGGUUCAACUGGGGGAUGGAUACCAAAUUCAUAUGUUUAUAUAAGAAAACGUGGGUGUAGUUCGAUGAAAUAUUUACUAGGAAACACAUGGUAUUCAUUGUUGAAUGGUUUUAAUGUCCCCAUCACUAACUGCCCAGUACCAGAGGGAACAUAUAUUACAUCAGGAAUUAACUUGAAGAAUUUAGUUGAUGGAAACUUACCCAAAGUGUAUUUUUAUGGAAAAUAUAAAAUCGUGAUAAAGUUGAAAAAUAUAGAAAAUAAAGUACUUGGCUGCUUCGCAUUCGAUUCGAAUCUUAUACGACCGUGGGAAGAACCAAUUUGA